AUGGAGGCAGCCCAUGGUUUUUUUGCAAUUGUGUACGCCAGCCCCGACCAGCGUCUGAGACGGCGCCUCUGGGACGACUUACAAGAAACUAAGCGUGGUAUAUUAGGGCCGUGGAUGGUUGCAGGUGAUUUCAAUGCUGUUACAAGUCAGGCAGAAACUCUCAAAUACACAGCCUAUAAUGCUCAGCGGAGUGUCGAGUUUGUAAACUGGAUCCAUGCAGAAGGCCUCAUCGAUAUGGGGUUUAGUGGCCCCAAGCUGACUUGGGUGAAAGGUCCAGAGGGCAUUUUCACCAAGGGAGCAAGGUUAGAUCAUGCCAUGUGCGAUUUGAAUUGGAGACAAAGGUUCGGAGAAGCUACGUUUAAGUUUCAGGCAGCCUGGCUGACGCACAAUGCGUUUCUGGAGGAGGUGCGACGAUCGUGGAGUGGGACGUGUGACCUAACGAGGAACAUACAGGAAAUCCAAGGGGACUUGAAAACUUGGAACAAGGAAGUGUUCGACUGUAUAGAAGCUAAAAAGCGAAUCCUACUGGCGCGCAUUGAGGGUAUUCAACGACGGGUGAACGGAAACUACCAUAGUGGCCUAUCUGAUUUGGAAAAAAAGUUAAGAAGCAAGCUGGAGGAAGUGCUGUAUCAGGAGGAGCUGAUGUGGUACCAACGAUCGAGGGAGGAAUUGAUAGUGUCCGGGGAUAGAAAUACAAAAUUUUACCACGCGGCAACGAUGGUUCGCAAAUCUCGUAAUAGGAUCCUGAGUCUGAAAGACGACACAGGGAACUGGAUUACGGACACGGAGGCUUUGUAG